AUGCGUCAACAUGGCAGUGACGCCGAGAGGAGAGAGAGCGACUUGACAAUAGACGCCGCGCCACCACCUGCUGCAGACGACGAAACGCCCGUCCUGUGCGACUUUGGCCAGGAUGUCAAAGUCCACAGGGCCUUUGAAGAGGUGGCGCGCGCCAAACGCGGCUUGAAGCAGCGGCACAUCCAGAUGAUAGCUCUCGCCGGGACGAUUGGCACAGGGCUCUUCCUGGCAACCGGCAGGGCCCUCGCCAACGGAGGGCCGUUGGGCCUGGUCCUGUCGUAUGGAAUCGUCGGCAUGCUCAUGUGCGCCGUUGUCGUGUCCAUAGCCGAGCUGAGUGCCCUCGUUCCUCUGUCAGGCGGCAUCGUUCGCCAUGCCGAGUGGUUUGUCGAUCCGGCCCUGGCCUUUGCCCAGGGCUGGAAUAGCACCUACGCAAACGCCAUCCUGCUGCCUGCUGAAAUGGUUGCGUGCGCAGUCAUUAUAGACUACUGGACGCACAUCAACCAUGCCGUGUGGGUUACCGUCCUCGGCGGACUCUUGAUCCUGAGCAACAUGCUUCUCAUUGGCGUCUACGGCGAGCUCGAGUUCAUCUUUGCCAUGCUGAAAAUUGCUCUCAUCAUCGGCGUCAACCUCAUGAGCAUUUGCAUCACGGCCGGCGCAGGGCCGCAUGGCGAGCCCAUUGGCUUUCGCUUCUGGAGGCGCCCGGGACCGUUUGUCCAGUAUGCCGGCAUUCCCGGCUCCUGGGGCCAGUUUGUCGGGUUUUGGCGAGUCCUGGUCAGCGCGGCGUACGCCUUCUCCAAUGUCGAGAACAUAUCCGUUGCCGGAGCAGAAACGCAGAACCCGCGGCGGAACAUCCCCCGGGCUGCCAAGCGUGUAUUCUGGAGAAUCAUGGUGUUCUACAUGCUCACUGUUUUCUGCAUCGGACUCAUCGUCUCAUCCGCCGACCCUGCCUUGACGGCGCGCUCAGGCGAUGCCGGUGCGUCGCCCUUUGCCAUCGCGGCCACCAACGCCGGCAUCAAGGCCGUGCCGUCCAUCAUCAACGCCGUGGUUGUAACAAGUGCCUGGAGCGCGGCCAACUCUGCCAUGCUCGUGGGGACCCGAACCCUCUAUGGCCUUUCCCUUGAGGGACAUGCGCCCAAGGUUUUCAAGCGUACCAACCGCUUCGGCACGCCGUGGCUUUCCGUGACGGCUGUGGGAUCGCUCAUGGUGCUGGGGUAUCUGACGCUCUCAUCCGCAGCGUCCGUAGUCUUCGAUUGGAUGCAAGCUCUCGUUUCGGCGGCCUCGUUUGUGCACUGGAUCAACAUCGAGAUUGUAUACCUCCGUUUCUACUACGGGUGCAAAGCACAAGGAAUCAGCCGAGACGAGCUUCCCUGGAAAGGCCCCCUCCAGCCGUAUGCAGCAUGGGUUGCCCUGGUGUCAUUUACCAUUCUCUUGAUUACCGGCGGAUUCUUCGUCUUCAUCGACGGCCAUUGGAGCGCUCAGAGUUUUGUAUCAUCGUACUUUAACAUCCCCCUCAUUCUCGUCCUGUACUUUGGAUACAAACACUGGCGCAGGACAACGCUGGUGUCGCUGCACGAUAUGCCUAUUCGAGGGUUCCUGGAUGUUGCAAGCCGGAACCCAGAGCCUGUCGAACCACCUGCCAAGGGAUGGGCGAGGCUCAACAUUCUGUGGGCGUAA